GUGAAGAAAAUGGAACGCAGUUGGCACUCUGGGCCUGGGGACAUACUUGUUGAUAAUUGUGCAAUCUGCCGUAACCAUAUCAUGGAUUUGUGCAUCGAAUGGUCAGGGGGUGUACAGCAUUGGGGGUGUGUAAAUCAUUCGUUCCACUUCCACUGUAUCUCACGGUGGUUGAAGACCCGACAGGUGUGUCCUCUAGACAACAGGGGGGACUGGGAGUUUCAGAUAUACGGGGGCCGAUUAGACAUUCAUUACUUCAGUGUUGUUACCCACCAUGAAGUUGCCUUGGGGGUGUUGAGCCUUGUAUGA